GCUUUGUUUCACUGCCUAUGUGGCCAUCCUCUCGAUGACCGUCUACCUCAGUCUAGUUUUGUAGAGUGAGUAAUAGUAGCAUGUGAAAAAUGAAAGCAAUUAACAUAUGGAGACCCUUGGUAUACUGUGGUCCGUACUUUUGGCUUACUUUGCAGCCAAUUCUUAGUUGAUCUUAAUUCUGAACAUUAGAAUCGGUUCCAAUUUUUCUAGUUUAAGUUGUUUUUAUUAGUAAGACUGAAAUAACUGUCCUUAACUCCAAUUCCUAAAAGACAUUUAAUAAGCUCUUAUCUUAAUUGGUGUUGAGUUUAACCCUUCCCCCUUCCCCACCUUCCAAUAAGCAGUCAUUCAAAAGAAGCAGUCCGUUAUAUGCACCUUCCUAUAGAUGCCUUUAACUAAAUGCAUGACUUGGAAUUCCACUUUAAUAACAAAUGAGAACAGAUGGGAGCCAUCAUUUCCUUUCAGCAGUCACUUUUACUUACUUAAGUUGACCGAAUUGUAGAUUCCAGUAUACCAAGGGUUGAAUGAUUGUGGUUUGUGUGAAAAGCCAAAAAUUCCUAUAGGUUAGGUGCCAGAGGGGCACUGGGUAUUUUAUUCUGUUCAGCCUUGCUAUACUUUAUAGAAUUUCACUAAAUAAUAAACUCUUCUCUCUGUUAUUUGUGUGUGUGAUUUUUGUAGUGGAGAAGGCAAAUGCAAAGCCCUUCCAGAUGACUGAAAAACAGUGGGUCCUCUGCCGCUACAGGGGAUUCUAGACAAUAACUAAAGGCCAGCAAGCCCCGCUCAAGCCCCCCAGGUGUUUUCCUGGUGUAACCAAAUGUUAACCACAUUUUCUCUCUUUUUACAUUUUAGGCUGUUAAAGUAAUUGGACAGGACAAAAGCAAGGGGGGGGUUGGAUCUUAAAGGGACAAGACAGCACUUUGACAGCCAGUUUCUGAAACUUAAGGCAUACCUUAGUCUAAAUGUACCGUUACUUGACUUAAUUUCUUUAUAAAUAUAGCAUAUGAUUAAGUGAAAUAUAAGAGACUUACUGGAAUUAGGUAAUAAAUAUGUAUAAUCGCUGCAUUAUUGGCCAGGCAUUUUAAAUUCAUCCCUUUUUUUCCUUCCAUGAACUGGUCAGGGCCACUAACUUCUCGAUACUGCCUAUUCUAAAAGGAAGAUACCUUACCUCACUCAGUACCAACUUGAGAAUUUGCACCAUGCCUUAUAAUUGGAUAUCCAGAAACUUGGAGAGAUGGAUUUUGUUUUUCUAAAGAAACUGCCUUGAUUUUCUGCUCCAGGCAAACAAAGGCAUGUUAAUCUAGCAUAACCAUCUCAGUCCUAAAGAGUGAGAUCUUCCGGGGGGGAGGGGGGGUGGCAGCGUGUGUUGGUUAAACCAUUUUCUUUUUGUCAUUGUGCCUGUUGGAGACGAAAUCUGGCACCCAAAGAAAUUCAGACCGGGAGCCUGACCGAUGGGUCUUGGGGCAGGUCUUUGGGGGCAAAUGCCCAUAAAAGAAUUUGUACGGACAUUUUAGGGAGGCCUUUCUAGAAAAAAGCAAUCUUUUGUUGGCUAAGCCUUCUCUCACAUUUCCAGAUGCUAAAUAAAAUGGAGCAGAUCUUAUGAGAGCAGCUCUUCAUUUCACUUUUUCAGAUGUUUUUGAAAGUGAAAUUUUUUAGUCUAUUGGAUUCUGGAUGUUUUUCCGUUCCAAUCCCUCCCUCUUCUUGGUGUAUUUCUCUUAGUGCUGUGCGGUGUUAAUGUUGCCUGGCCCCAGGCGUCUUGCUGCACAGGUGCGCGUUCCCUGGCGCACAGCCCCACCUGCUCCAUUUUUCACUCUUCCCCGUUGGUGGCGGCUCUCGCUUCACGUGCUUGAAGCACACACACACAGUGUGGGGAAGGGGAAGGCGUGCCCCGAAUUUGGUAACAGCGCGAUUGUAGUCAGAUUCGGAAGGAGCUGUGAUAUUAAUGGAUGGGGGGUAAUUUAGGUUCCUCGGUUAAUGUUUGUUUCUUUUUGUCUGUUUCUUUUUCUUUCAUUUCUACACAUUCAUGCAGUAUUUCAUGGUUCUAUCAAAGCCGCAGUAAAAAAAACUCUUGACGCAUGAAAAUAACUGUUCUUUUCCCUGGUUCAGCCUGAACUAUAUACCAGGCCCUGCUGAAAAUACCACCCAACAGUUUUCUUCUGCAGCUUGUCCAGUUUCUCUUAAGUGCCCUGUACAUAUUUGAAGCAGCCGACACGAGUCGUUGUUCAUAAAACAGCUUUUGAAAGUUGAGAGCACACCCCUGGAGAACCGACUGUGCUUGCUUACGUUUGGUUCAUGACUUAAAAAUCGAGUACAGGAGUUAUUCCUGAUGAGACUAAGGCUUUGUCUCUGUUGGCACCAGCUAAUGCAGUGGCAGGUCUUCUGCCUGGUGGUGGACUUCUGCCUACUCCAAACCCCCUUACCCAGAUCGGUGCUGUCCCUCUGGCUGCUUUGGGAGCCCCUGCUCUGGACCCUGCCCUUGCUGCUCUUGGGCUUCCUGGAGCAAACUUGAACUCUCAGUCUCUCGCAGCAGAUCAGUUACUGAAGCUAAUGAGCACUGUUGAUCCCAAGUUGAACCAUGUAGCCGCAGGCCUUGUUUCACCGAGUCUCAAGUCCGACACCUCCAGCAAAGAAAUCGAGGAGGCGAUGAAGAGAGUGAGGGAAGCGCAGUCGCUGAUUUCGGCCGCCAUCGAGCCAGAUAAGAAGGAAGAAAAACGGAGGCAUUCCCGAUCCCGGUCGCGCUCCCGGAGGAGGAGGACGCCUUCAUCUUCCAGGCACAGACGGUCGAGAAGCCGAUCCAGAAGGAGAUCUCAUUCCAAAUCGAGAAGUAGGCGACGAUCGAAGAGUCCGCGCCGGAGGAGGUCCCAUUCCCGCGAGCGGGGCCGGCGGUCCCGGAGCACGUCCAAGACCAGAGACAAAAAGAAAGAAGAGAAAGAGAAGAAGCGUUCGAAAACGCCACCCAAAAGCUACAGCACCGCCCGCCGGUCACGGAGCACCAGCCGGGAGAGACGCCGCCGGAGGAGUCGCAGCGGCACCCGCUCGCCCAAGAAGCCGCGCUCGCCCAAGAGGAAGCUGUCGCGCUCGCCCUCUCCCCGGAGACACAAAAAAGAGAAGAAGAAAGAGAAGGACAAGGAGCGGCGCGACGAGCGGGAGCGCUCCACCAGCAAGAAGAAGAAGAGCAAAGACAAGGAGAAGGAGCGCGAGAGGAAGUCGGAGAGCGACAAGGACGUCAAACAGGUGACGAGAGAUUACGACGAGGAGGAGCAGGGCUACGACAGCGAGAAGGACAAGAAGGACGACAAGAAGCCGCCCGAGCCGGCCUCGCCCAAGGCCAAGGAGCCGCCCAACGAGAAGGGUGCCGGCGGCGACGCGCUGCGGGAGUCCAAGGUGAACGGCGACGACCACCACGAGGAGGACAUGGACAUGAGCGACUGAGGGCCGGCCCGGCCCGUGCCUCGGCGUCAUUCCCGCUCGCUGCCCCGUCCGCCCCCACCUAGAUGUUCCGAGCUCCGAGCUAGCCCGGCUGGAAGCUCCGCCCCUCGCGCCGGCCGGGGCCCGGAGCCGCCCGGCCAGGCCCUGCCUGCCGCGUGCGGGCGCCGCGGGGCCCCGACGACCAGCUGCAUGCAUCUCCAGCAGGCAUGGAUUGUGGAUGUUGUAUGAUCUCCUUAUUAAACUAAGCUCGCGUAGAACCUUUCUAGAGUUUGAUUCCUUCCAGUCUAGAGCCGCGUAGGGAAUGCACCGACCGCAUGUUCUCGGGGCGCCGCCCGCCUCCUCUUCCUGUGCGUUUGGUUUGGCUUUCCAGGUUCCAGAUGCCCCCCGACUCCCUCCUGACCGAUUAGGCUUUUGUUCUCCCCUCACCACCCGCCCCCCCCUCCCCCCCCCCCGUAGCCGAGAGCCCCCCCCAGCCCCCCCACCCCGGGCACAGUCUGGUUGGGCUUCUCUUGGGGUGCGACUGGGAAGGUGCGGGGGGGAUGCCGGGGAGGGGGGGGGCGCUUGUAGCUUUGGAGAGUCCCGGCGUCCCUUGCUCCGAGCUCGCCUUGUAGACAGACCCCGUUGGGCCGGCCGCGGCGCCGCUUAGAUGCGUAGUUGUUAGCCAAGCUGUUCCGUAGGUACCAGCCGAGUAAGCUCCUCCCCGUCCGUGCCAUGUUGAUGUACAGUUUCUGCCGUUGUUUUACAAGACUUUGAUAAUAAAACCCUUCAACGAA